AUGUCCCCUUCCGAGUCUUCAGCGUUCCUCGCGCCCCGCAGGCAGACUUCCCUCAUGUGCAAACGACGCCCAAUUACCUCGCACGACAAUGAUGCCUACUGCGAUCCAGAUGUUCCAGAUGCUUUACCACAAAUUAAGCUGGAAUACAAGAGAACAAAGUGGAAAGAGCGGCCUAUCAGCCAAUACUUGGACUGCGACCAGAUGGAAACCCGGGCCUACUUGGAGACCACAACAAACAAUCCAUUCAUGGCCCAUAUACAAACAACACCCCCACGUCGGUCGCCUAGUCUCCAUCUUUGUUCAUUUAAACAGGGUCUCCAGUCGCUUGGUCGCCGAAUGUCUGUAUCAUUGCGUCCGAGGUGUGGCAGAAAUAAAGUGAAUGCAUCGAACGUGUCACACGCCGCUACCAUGUCAUCAGACCCUUCACCUCUGCACACAUUGCAGGGCAAAGAGAAGCCUUCAAAAUGGUUUCGGAGUCACUCGGCCGUGAGACGACGCCCGUCCCUUCCAGUGUUCAAUCUGUAUCCUGAGGUUGACCCUCCCAGCUACAGCUUCACGCCACCUCUUCCUGUUCCCACCCGAGGUCCCCCGUUGUUGCCAUUCGAUAUGCACACGGGUGCUGCUGCAAGAGCUGCAGCUGCAGCACAGAAUGAAGCUCUACAUUACUACCAAAAACAGUUACCGGGCUUCCAUCCAGAAAUGCCCCGACUGUCGGAUCUCAAGUUGACGCGUGACUCAGAGAGCGGUAUUGGCAUUGACGUACAGGAUCGGCGAGAAUCGGUCCAUAGUGGUGUUGAUGUCAUUCGUCUAGACCCUGCGAGGGUGCUGCCCUUGGAAAUUAUAGAACAGAUAUUCUGCUACCUUGAUCCGCAAACCCUUCUCCGAGCCGAACGGGUGUCUCGGGAAUGGAGGUACAAAGCUAAGUCACGCCAUGUAUGGCGCUAUGUAUUCCAUCGGGAGUACAAUACAGCAGGAUGGAAACAUUACCCAGCUCGGCAUUGCCCUCAGUCAGCGAAAGGUGUGGGUAAGGGGGUGUCUGAUCAGGAUUGGCAAAAAAUGUAUGUCGUUCGACGCAAAAUCGACCAGCGAUGGGCGCAAGGGGAAGCUGCUGCGAUCUAUCUCAAUGGCCAUAAGGACAGUGUGUAUUGUGUGCAGUUCGAUGAGCACAAGAUCAUCACUGGUUCAAGGGAUCGCACGAUCCGCGUCUGGGACACUCAUAGCUUCCAGUGCAUCCGAAAGAUUGGGCCGCCUAGCCAGGCAUCAAGGAGUGCCUCGAUCUCUGACACAGCAUCUCUUUCACCACCCGGUGCCUUCCAUAUUCUGAACACUAGCUCUAUGGAUCCUUCUGGUGGAUUUGCACCGCAUGACUACCACGAUGCAUCCAUCCUCUGUCUGCAAUUUGACGAAGACAUCAUGGUGACCGGCUCGUCCGACCACACAGCCAUUAUCUGGUCCAUCAGAGAGAACUACAAGCCUUUGUGUAGACUUCGAGGUCACAAGGCAGGCGUUCUGGAUGUCUGCAUUGAUGAACAGCAUAUUGUGACUUGCUCGAAGGAUACCACUAUCUGCGUUUGGGACAGGCACUCUGGUGAAUUGAUCAAGAAACUCACAGGUCAUCGUGGCCCGGUGAACGCGGUGCAGAUGCGCGGUAACCUGUUAGCCAGUGCUUCAGGAGAUGGUAUGGCGAAACUAUGGAACUUGACGGAUGGGUUGUGUGUCAAAGAGUUCUCAUCCAAAGAUCGAGGUCUUGCUUGUGUCGAAUUCUCCGAGGACGGACGUUCCAUACUCGCAGGAGGAAACGAUCAGGUCAUCUACGAAUACGACACCAGUACUGGCGAUCUGGUGCGGGAACUUAUUGGUCACAAGGGUCUUGUUCGAUCCCUUCAUCUUGACUCCAGCAACAAUCGCGUUGUAAGUGGCAGCUAUGACAUGUCUGUCAAAGUGUGGGAUAGCCGGAGGGGCAGAGACACGGGUGACGGAGGGCUCAAGAUCAACUUCCAAGGAUGGACGACAAGCUGGAUGUUGGCGGCCAAGAGUGACUACCGGAAGAUCGUUUGCACGAGUCAGGAUGGAAGGGUUGUAAUUAUGGAUUUUGGGCAUGGGUUGGAUGGUGUUGAGAUGCUGGAGGCAUAA